UGAUCUCUUGGAUACACACACACACACACACACACACACGCGCACACACACACACACAAAAACCACCAGGCAUUGCUACCCAGCUGAGCAAAAUGUCUUUCUCCUAGCAGCGUUGCUCAUCAUAGCUUUCAAAUCCUUGACGAUGUGGCCAUGCUUUCCCCUCUGCCUUCUACUUUCUCUCUGUUUCUGCCUGCUCUUCUUACCCUUGGGGCAUCUUUGCCCUGCUCUCUGUAGCUGUAUGGACUCCCACACUAUAGACUGCAGGGAUCAAGGACUCCCCAGUGUUCCUAAUCUGUUUCCACUGGAUGUACGGAAACUUCUCAUAGCUGACAACAACAUUCAGGCUAUACCAGCUGAUUUCUUUAUAUUUUAUGGAGAUCUAGUCUACUUGGACUUCAGGAAUAACUCAAUCACCUCCUUAGAAGAGGGAACUUUCAGCAGUUCCACCAAACUGGUGUUUUUAGACCUAAGCUACAAUAAUUUAACGCAGCUUGAUGCUGGGAUCUUCAAGUCGGCAGAGAAGCUGAUAAAAUUAAGCCUUGGGAACAAUAACCUAGUGGAUGUGGACGAGGCUGCUUUUGAGAACCUGGAACAGCUCCAAGUGUUAGAACUGAAUGACAAUAACUUGCAGAGCCUCAACGUGGCUGCCCUGGAAGCACUUCCAUCCCUUCGGACUAUACGUCUAGAGGGCAACCCAUGGGUCUGUGACUGUGACUUUGCCAACCUCUUCAGCUGGAUACAAGAGAAUGCAUCCAAGCUUCAGAAAGGACUACGUGAACUCCAGUGUUCCCUGCCUGUUGAAAACAGAAGAAUCUUUCUGGACGAAUUAUCUGAGGUCAGCUUCAGUGAAUGCAAAUUUAGUUUGUCGUUAACGGACCUGUUGAUCAUCAUCUUCUCUGGAGUGGCGGUCUCCAUCGCUGCCAUUCUCUCAAGCUUCCUCUUGGCAACGCUGGUGCAUUGCUUCCAGAGAUGCACUCCCAGCAAAGACGACGAUGACGAAGAAGACAGUGAGGACUGAACCUUUCCUGUAUUUAAAUAUCCCUCGUUUAUAGAUUACUUGAUCAACAGCCAAUGUCAAAGAAGAAGAAGAAAGAAAGAAAAGCAAACCUAGAUCUCUUGACACUGGAUCUGUUUCUGUGGAGUUCAGUCAAACGUUGCAUUUAAACUCAGGGUGGGGCUAGGAGAGGAAGAAAGAGGGGAAUGAAUCCAAAAGAAGUCCCGGUGUUUGAAAAAGAUUGUCUUCAUGAUAGCAUAUGUACUUAAUAGAUUGUUCUAACUGCACCCUGAAAAGGGCCCACUAUAUGUAGCAUAGAUACAGAGCUUUCAGUUGGAAAUACAGAAGCAAUUUCAUAUGGUCUCCUCCCUCUGCCUGGGGAGGAGGAGAGUCAGGUAAAUGUACCCAACUUCCCAAAUUCAAUUACAUUGGUUCGUAUUGCUGUAUAAACCAUUAUAGGAAGUUUGACAUUUUCUUUACACAUGGUGUCUCUGUAAAGAUUCUCCCACAAGUCAGUGAUCCGAGUUAUGAGCCUCACUCAAGCAAAGAAACAUUUUAAAUAAGCCAAUACUGUUCUAGGUCUCAACAACAAUAAAAACCCUCUCAAGCAUUAGCUGCUGUUAAGCAGCUGCCCAGCAAACCUCUGGCCAGGGUAUAUAAAUAAUGAUAGAUUUCCUUUUUGGUUUCAGGUGUAAUGAAGCAAAGACAACCCUUAUCACUGCAGUACUGGGUACCAGGCUCUUUAUCCUAAUGUAUCAUUCAAAUCCUGGAACAACGUUGAGUGUCAUUAGCCACUUGAACAACUUCACUAUAAUCAGCAGAGGGACACUUUAACUGGAUUGCAGUCUGCAUACAGCAAUGUUCUGAAAUGUACUGAAAGCCGGUGUCAAGCGGAGUGCCCCAGGGGUCGGUCCUGGGGCCGGUUUUGUUCAAUAUCUUCAUAAAUGAUCUGGAGGAUGGUGUGGAUUGCACUCUCAGCAAAUUUGCGGAUGAUACUAAACUAGGAGGAGUGGUAGAUACGCUGGAGGGCAGGGAUAGGAUACAGAGGGACCUAGACAAAUUGGAGGAUUGGGCCAAAAGAAAUCUGAUGAGGUUCAAUAAGGAUAAGUGCAGGGUCCUGCACUUAGGACGGAAGAACCCAAUGCACAGCUACAGACUAGGGACCGAAUGGCAAGGCAGCAGUUCUGCGGAAAAGGACCUAGGGGUGACAGUGGACGAGAAGCUGGAUAUGAGUCAGCAGUGUGCCCUUGUUGCCAAGAAGGCCAAUGGCAUUUUGGGAUGUAUAAGUAGGGGCAUAGCAAGCAGAUCGAGGGACGUGAUCGUUCCCCUCUAUUCGACAUUGGUGAGGCCUCAUCUGGAGUACUGUGUCCAGUUUUGGGCCCCACACUACAAGAAGGAUGUAGAUAAAUUGGAGAGAGUUCAGCGAAGGGCAACAAAAAUGAUUAGGGGUCUGGAACACAUGACUUAUGAGGAGAAGCUGAGGGAACUGGGAUUGUUUAGUCUGCAGAAGAGAAGAAUGAGGGGGGAUUUGAUAGCUGCUUUCAACUACCUGAGAGGUGGUUCCAGAGAGGAUGGUUCUAGACUAUUCUCAGUGGUAGAAGAGGACAGGACAAGGAGUAAUGGUCUCAAGUUGCAGUGGGGGAGGUUUAGGUUGGAUAUUAGGAAAAACUUUUUCACUAAGAGGGUGGUGAAACACUGGAAUGUGUUCCCUAGGGAGGUGAUAGAAUCUCCUUCCUUAGAAGUUUUUAAGGUCAGGCUUGACAAAGCCUUGGCUGGGAUGAUUUAAUUGGGGAUUGGUCCUGCUUUGAGCAGGGGGUUGGACUAGAUGACCUCCUGAGGUCCCUUCCAACCCUGAUAUUCUAUGAUUCUAUGAUUUUACUCUGGUGCAUUCAUUCUACUUCAGUAUAAACAGAGCUUCAUUAUACCCAAGUUCAUGACAAUGAGACCUGUGCCUGAAACAGAACACUGGAUUUGAAUAUCCCCAAAGAUUAAGAGGUUUCUUCUGAGCUUGCAUUUUAAAAUUGGUUCCCUCAGCUGAACUGAAAAAUCCGCAGUCUCAGGGCAUUUGCAAUCUGGAUCAGGUCUGUCUCUGAGUUUUGAAGCUCAAGGCUAGGUCAAGCUAGAAGUGGGUUCCAAGUAUGAGUAUACGAAGUUCUCAUUAUGAAAUACAAAACAAACCAUUAAAACAUUCAUACUUAGUGCAAUGGUUCACUCUCAGAAAGUUGAGAAAUCAUUGGAUCUGGAUUGUGAAUACCCACAAUAUUGGAGAGUUUGGCAUGGAGGUUUUAGCUUGGCCCAGCAUUGAGAUGAGGCCAAGGGUAAAACGUGGCUGUGGAUCUUGGUGCAGAAUACAAAUCCCCAUCCAUAUUUAGUCACCGAUUCAGGGCAGGAUUUAAAUAUGUGCUGAAGCCCCAGUGAUUUCAGUAGAAUUGAAGCACAUGCUUAAGUGCUGUCCUGAAUAAGGAUGUUUUGAUGAAUCAGGGUCUUAGGAGGUACUCUCAUAGAAGAGAUGGCUUCUCCCCGCUCUCUGCCAGUCAUCCCAGCAGCGUUGUCACUGGAUAGAAGGUUUAUGUUAUGUUUCCAUGAGGCAGGGAUCACCAGGGAGUUUGUUCAGGAAGGGGUUUGAGUUUAUUAAAGAAUGUUUUAAAUCAUUUAUUUCUCCAGUGAGUCAAUAUUGAAUAAAUAGACAUGAUGAAAAAUUAUGAUUGCAAUGCAUGGAACUGGGGUGAGAUAUUAGAAGAACUGGGGAUCUUCUCCUACUCUUGUCUGGCAGCAUGACAUAAUCAAUGAAAAUUAUUGGCCAAUAAGGUCCUGAUCUUGCAAGCAGAUCCAGGCAGGCUGAUCCUGGCAUUCACACACCCCUUACUGACUUCAGUUGGACUUCAAGCAAAAGCAAGGGUCUGCUUGCAGAAUCUGGCUCUAAAUUAUUGUUUUGAAAUACUAAGGGCUCUGUUCUGCUCACAGUUGCACUGGUAUAAAUCCAGAAUAACACCAGUGAAAUCAAUGGAGUUAAUCCAGAUUGGCACCAGUGCAAACAAGAGUGGAAUCUGGCUCUAGGAUAUAUCAAUUCUGACUGUAUUAUAGGUCUUGUCAAAACUUGAUUUCAUCUAUAAAAGGGCAGAUAUUUUUGUUAAAAAGAUAAAUGAACAUUUAUUACAGGAGAUUUUUGGAAUAGCACUGGAUAGCUUUUUUGGACAAGUAUAUUUUUAAAAAAUUUGUCAUGGAAAUAUUUUUUUUAAAAUGUACAUACUGAAAAUAUUAUUUAGAAAAGCUAGGAAGACUGAAAAUAGUACAAAAAAACAAAAACGAACAAAAAAAGUCAAAGCAAGCCAAGAACUAUGCUCUGUUGUAGAAGACUCAGGUGUGACCAUAAGUAGCAUCUAACUACUGUAAAAACUGGUAUUGUUUCUGUAAAACUUUUUUUUGCUAUGAUUUUGCCUUGCACAAUUCAUGCGGAUUGAUUUUUAUUGCAAUCACCCAAAUCCCUUGUAUCUAUAUUGUGUACUAAUUGCUCAAGAUGAUGGAAGUGAAAUUUAAUUUUCCUAUUUUGACAGGUGGUGUGGGUCAGUGGAUAGGGAACAAGACUGGGACUCAAGAGACCUGCGUUCAGUUUCCAACUCUACCAUUGACCUUUGACAGGUCACUUUCCAUCUCUGUGCCUCAGUUUCCCUAUCUGUACAAGGGGGAUUAAUACUUAUUUAUCUUUACAAAGUGCUUUGAGAUCUGUGGGUGAAAAGCACUAUAUCUUGGGCUAUGUAUUAUUAUUACAUAAGCGAGGCUGGAGCACAAGAUAUACAGUAAGUCUAAUUCUGAUUUUACAUCAGUAUAAUUCCAUUGAUGUCAAUGGAGUUACUUCUCAUGUACACCAGUGUGAGAACAGAAUCAAGCCUAGUGUAAUUCAGUUUCUCAUUCCACUCUAUCUCUCCAGCUUCUUCAACCUGAUUUAAUGUUACAAUUGUAAUCACAAGAUUAUUCUUUCUGGAAAUGCACUGAAACAAAAUUAAGUGGUCCAGUGAAAGAAUAUGCUGCAUCAAUUCUCUCUUACUCUCUUCUUGCUCUUUCAAGAAAAUGAAAUGACAUGGUUUUCACUAUGUAGUGCCAUGGUUACAAAUUACACAAAUAUAUUUCUAAUGAAUACA